AUGACAAAAGAACUUCACCACACGGUAUCUGCGCCUGAUUCAACUGGGAUCAAGGUUAUUAUUGUUGGACUCGGCCUCGCAGGCCUUACCGCAGCAAUUGAAUGUCAUCGAAAGGGUCAUUCAGUGAUUGUCCUCGAAAAGGUGUCCGAGCUACAACAUGAUGCCGGCGAUGGAAUUAUGAUCGCCCCCAACGCAAGCCGUGUCAUCCGCCAAUGGGGUGAUGAACUCCUCACAGAGAUUGCCCUGAAUUGCUGCGACGCCACGCAUGUCGAUAUGAUGGAUCAUUGCGAUAAGCUCAUUGUCCGACAAGAACUUCCCGGAAAGGGGGAGGGUCUUGUAACCAAUCGCGGCAAACUGGUGUGUCUCCUAUAUGAGCUCGCGAAGAACCGGUUGGGGAUUGACAUUCGACUGGGCUCUCGGGUGACUGAGUACUGGGAAAGCGAUGAUGGACACGCCGGUGUAGUCGUUGAUGGUCGAGAAAGAAUUAGCGGAGACUGUGUGGUGUGCGCGGAUGGAGUUCAUGGGAUGGCCAGGAAAGCUCAUAUUGAGGCCGACACAUUUGCGGAUGAUCAGGAGGCAAAGUGGGUUCUGGCCGGGACUGACUUGGUGGACCGGACCUAUGCGUGGUUCGGGGACGGCGUGAAUGUGGCCAUGAUGACCCUGAAAAGGGGAAAAGAAGUGGUGUGGAUGACAACGCACAAGGAUUGCUACGGUGCACGUGAGACAUGGCACGGUGGAGGUCAAGCCAAGAUCGACGACGCACUGGCGACUAUCAGUCAGUGGCCUGGCAGGCACAGAAUUGAAGCCGUUAUUCGACAUACCAAACCCAGCAAGUUGGUGAACCAUCCACUCAUCUAUCGUCCUCCACUCCGCACAUGGAUUUCCGAGGGCGGACGGAUCAUCCUCAUUGGUGAUGCCGCCCACCCCUACUACCCUGUCGUAGGCCAGGGCGGGAGCCAAGGGAUUGAAGAUGGCGCAGUUCUCGCCAUUGCACUCUCGCUGGCAGGCAAAGACCGCGUUUCCCUCGCGCUGCAGGUGGUCGAGAAGAUCCGAUACCCGCGGGCAACCGUCAUCCAGCUGGGAAGUUCGACCUUUCAGGCGACUGUGCUCCGGCCGGACUGGGAAAAAGAAGCGAGCAAGCAGGAUGAGUUCCGGUUCCCCAACCCGGACUGGAUCUUUAGUCAUGAUUGUCAGGACUAUACGUAUCGGGAGUUUGAAUCUGUAGUACAGGCAAUUCGAGAUGGGAGGGAAUAUGUGCCUACCAAUAUCCCUAUCGAUGGGGUGUAUCGGGUCGAGAAUACAUACAAGCCAGAGUGA